AUGCAUAGUAUAUACAAAGAAAGGCCAUUGCAUAAGCGAGUGUAUAUGAUUCCAUUGUACGCUCUUCCUGUUCUGAUAAUGAUAAGCAAUUAUCCCCAAGUGAUGAUUGUGUUUACAUUGCUAUUGUCAGGAACUAUGUUUCUAUCAACGUUCUGGUCUACUAGAGUCCGUAUUUUGCUUUCAAUGGAUCUUGACCACAAGGGAGACUAUAUAUUGUACUCAGGGUUUUUAUGCAGACUCAGCAAUGGAGCUUUUGAGUUUGAGAAGACCGGAUAUCUACUGUCUGACAAAGGGAUUAUAAGGCUCAGGGCUGAUACCAAAAGGCCGUUUAGGUAUUAUACAGAAUGGCAGGAAAGAAAGGAAGAAUUCGUUGAUGCGGGAUUACUAAAGCAUUUCAAGAAGAACAAAUUUGAUAUCGUGCCUCCACAGUUUUUCCAGUUGUUUUUGGAGCACGCAGUAUCUCCACUAUUUGUGUUCCAAGUUUUUUCUGGGCUCCUGUGGUGUCUUGACGAAUAUGUAUAUCAGGCCAUAUUUAGCCUUGUGAUGUUGAUUGUUCUUGAAUCCGGGCUUGUUUUCCAAAGGAUGAUGACGGCGAGGCAUUUCAGAAAGAUGAGCCAUCCUAAUGUUAAUGUUGAAGUUUUAUAUGAUAGUAGAACUGGCAUGAAGGUGGACGGAAGUAAAAUUGUGUCAUCGGAAAACUUGUUCCCUGGAGAUGUUAUCAAAAUCACAUCCACAACAAGUGUUCCUUGUGAUCUUCUCUUGAUCAAGGGAUCCUGUGCUGUAAAUGAAGCAAUGCUAUCUGGUGAAUCUAUUCCUCUUGCAAAAGAGGACAUUUCGGAAAGGAACCCAGGGAAUAUAUUUGAUAGAUGCAAAGACAAGAGACAUAUUUUGUAUGCGGGUACAGAAAUAGUGGUGAUAAAGGACUCUCCUUUGGUGUGUUUUGUGCUCCACACGGGGUUUGAGACCGAGAAGGGGGGCCUUGUUAGAAAGAUGAUGUGCACCGAGGAGGUGACUGUAAAUGAUAGAGAAGCCUUUAUUUUCAUAUUUGCUCUCCUAGUGUUUGCAGUCAUUGCUUCUUUUUAUGCUUAUAAGGAAGGGAAGAGGAUGGGGAAAUCUAAUUACAAAUUACUCCUGGAAGUGAUUCUCAUUCUGACAAACGUGGUUCCUACGGAGCUUCCUAUGGAAUUAAGUAUGGCUGUUAAUAGCUGUGUUAGAGCACUUGUGCGAAAAGGAGUGUACUGCUUGGAACCCUUCAGGAUUCCAUAUGCAGGGAAGGUAGAUGUGUGCUGCUUUGAUAAGACCGGAACGUUAACAGAAUCAGUUAUGGAAGUUGCAGCUCUUAGACACGAGACGGAGAAUUCAAUAAGCGUGCUCUCUAGCUGCCAUUCUUUGGUAUUACUCGACGGAAAGGUAACUGGGGAUCCCUUGGAAACCAGCAUCUAUGAAUAUCUGAAAAGCACAGGGUCACCAGGAAACAAAUGCUUUGAACACAAGAUUCACAAAACAUAUUCUUUUUGCUCUGAACUAAGAAGGAUGACUGUAGUUGCCGAGUCUGAAGAGAUGAAAUUUGUAGGGAUGAAGGGGGCACCUGAGGCUGUCAAACAGCAUCUAGAUUCUGUGCCUGAAUUCUAUAAUGAUUAUAAGGAAUAUGCAACUGAGGGAUAUCGUGUACUAGCACUUGGGUUCAAGCCCAUCAAGAAACAGGCCAAAUAUGAUAGAGAGGAUGUGGAGUCUAAUUUGUCUUUUGCAGGGUUUGUGCUGUUUGAUUGUAAGUUGAAGAAGGAUGUAGGAAAUACUAUUGAAACUCUUCAUACUUCAGGGCACAAAGUGGUGAUGAUAACUGGAGACAAUGCAUUGACAGCAAGAAAUGUUUCCAAGAAGAUUGGGAUACCGGAUAAAGCAGUGGAGGGCUCUGAGAUAGAUAAGAUGCUAGAAAGCGAUGAGUUUUUUUCUAUAUCGAUUUUUGCUAGGGCAGAUCCUACUCAUAAAGAAAGGAUAAUUGAGAAAUAUAAUAAGGCGGGGAGAUAUACGUUAAUGUGUGGAGAUGGGACAAAUGAUGUUGGUGCACUGAAAAGCGCUCAUGUGGGAAUAGCUCUUAUGGAGGCACCUGUGGUUGUUCAAAAGAGAGAAAAGGGAAAAAGUAAUGAAGAAAAGAUUAUGGAGACUAUAUCAAAAGACCUGGGGGAAGAAAAGAUCAAUCUUGGAGAUGCAAGUGUUGCAGCACCAUUUACAGCCAAGACUGGGUCGUUAGACUCUGUUCUGGAUGUUGUGAGACAAGGAAGAAGUGCUCUGGUAACGACAAUCCAAAUGUACAAGAUUCUUGCAUUGAAUUCUCUGGUCAGUGCAUUUUCCUUGAGUGUCCUGGAUUGCAUGGGCGUUAGAUACGGAGAUGUUCAACUGACAGCUUCUGGACUUCUCAUUGGAUUUGCAUUUAUGUUUUUGACUCAAAGCCAGCCUCUCAAAGAAAUAAGCAAAAAAAGGCCUUUGACAAACAUUAUCAAUCCAUACAUAGUCACCUCUGUUGUUUUUCAAGUUGCCGUCCACAUAGCCUCUUUCUUUGUUAUGAUAAGAAGGGUAAGAGAGAUAGAAGCGCCCGUGUACAAUGAGAAGUUCUCUCCUUCACUAAUGAACUCUGCCCUGUUUUUCUUAUCCACAACACAGCAGAUAUCGACGUUUCUUGUGAAUUACAUAGGAAGGCCAUUCAGAGAAAGUCUUCUUGAGAACAAAAAGCUCCUUGGAUGUCUUGGAAUUCUAUUAUUCUUCAUACACCAGCUUGUGAUGGGAGACAACAACGAGCUUCGUACGAAGAUGGAGGUUGUUGAUAUGGGAGAAGCCAAGACAUUUGUCUAUUCUGUACUUGUGAUGGAUAUAAUUCUGUGCUAUUUGGUGGAAAAGAUAUGUUUCUACAUUUUCAUGCUCUAA